GGUAUAAAAGUGAAAAAGAAGAUCAAAUUGAAGAAGCAUCUCAUCUUGACACAAGAAUGGCUUAUAAAUCAUCUGCUCUGCUUUUGUGGGUUUUCGGGUUGAUCACUUCUCAGGUUUGGAGCCAGCACUGGUCAUUUGGUCUGAGUCCUGGAGGGAAGAGGGAACUGGAUGGUCUCUCACAAACUUUGAGUAAUAUAGUAGAACGAUUUCAACAUGUGGACACACCCUGCAGUGUGGUGGGGUGCAGAGAGGAAAUGCCCAAAAUAUACCGACUCAAAAGAUUUCUUGGCAACGUAGCAGACAGUGGACAUCAAGCAUUUGAAAAGUGAUUCAUUUUGUCAUUGUUAUAUCAAUGUAGUCAAUAAAAUAUAAAUGUAAGCAAAUGCAUGUUAAUACAAUCUUAUUUUCUUGGUUUGGUAAAUUUAAUCAGACAUGAUUUAUAAAAUAAUUAAAGUACAGUUUAGAAUUUUACUUACUGUUAGUUGUUAACAUUGACAUUGGGGUUUUGAUAAAUCAACAAAAUUAACCAAAUGUAUAGCUUUGGGGGUGUGAAAUGCAGCCAUAUUCUAAGAUAGAGGCCUAUUUGGAAGAAUUGUCAAAUUAUUUAAGUCAUACAAUGCAACAACUAAAAUCUAGCAAAGUUAAGAUUACUGGAUUUAAGAACGUUUUGUCAUGAUUUGAAUAAAUUUUAGUUGACAAGUAAAAUUAUU